AUGGCUCACAAGUUUUCUAUCAACAAGCACGAUCCCUUCAACAAGAUGAUGUCAAGCUUCUCCAGUAAACAUGACGGCCCAAUCGACCUCCAAGGCUGUGUCACCUACCUCAAAAUCCAGCUAAACAGGCUGGGAGCCCUGGCACAAUACUACGACGUGGUUCACUUGCAGUACGACCAAAUGCCCGAGCCUGCCCGAACUGAGCUGGGCUCUAUUGCCCGGAAGAUUAUGAUCCUUGGCCAGCAUCUGGUGAACGUGCUGGGUCCUGAUCAUCCUCUGACCGAAGAGCUCUGUAACAUGAUUCACAUGGUUGGACCGAGAGUUAUGUGUCUGUGA